ACAUACAGUCAAAGGACGGCGCGAAUUUCCGUGAUUCGUGUUAUUUAUUUACUAGUGACGAAAUCGGAACUACUUUAAACUUGCAAACUAAGAAAAAAAGAAUCUAAAUCACACCAAUUUAACCCUAUCCAUUUAUAACCAUUCAUUUAUUUUCCUUUUAAUGAAUAUUCAUAAUUUUAUUUUCGUAUAGCUAAACAACGAGUAUUUAUAACUUCAACUAUUGCAAUAGAUUUCUCACUAUAAUUAUUAAAUUCAAUCAAUGUAGUGUAUAAUCUGUUUAGUAUUUCCGUACUUUCAUUAGUAAUAGUAAAAAAUAUAAAAUCAACAGAUAAUAAUGUUUUUCUCUCAAUAAGUUUAUAACAGAAACAAUGUAAAUCAUUUUCUUCAUAUUCUAAUUUCAAACUAUCAUAACUGUUAAGAAAAUAUAAUGGUAUAGUAAAAUGGGUUUAUAUUUCAUUGAAUUACAUAUUGACAACAUUGGAAGAAAAAUUAAAAAAUUCAGUUGAAGUUUGGUUAAUGGCAUCAGAAAAUUCGUUUAGUGUUUGUGAUAUAUGGGGUGAAAAAAAUAUGGCAAUUUGUGCAAAACAAAUAAUUAUUAUAGACAAGAGAAUAAUUGAUGUUUCAGGAUUAAACGAUCAAUCAGAAAAUAAGCAUCAAAAGCAAAAAAAUGGUAAAGAAUAUGGAAGUGAAUCGGAUAAAAAUGGAAAACAUGGUCAAAAUGGUAUAAAAGGUGAAAAUGGAGGAAAUAUAACAAUUAUAUCUAAAACAAUUGAAAAUGAAAAUAAUUUAGAAAUAAAAGCAAAUGGUAGAAAUGGGAGUUAUGGACAACAUGGUGAUGAUGGUGUGGAUGGUGAAAAAGGUGCAGAUGAUCAUGGAUUAGAAAUGGGAGAAUUUAAAAGAAAUUUUCCACCAACCGCAAAAACGACCGGUGGACAAUCAGUGGGGAAUGUGAUACAAACGGGUGUCGCCGUUGCUGUCACCCGUUGGUGUUUUUAUUCAAUGUUAGCCCUGUUAUCAGCUGAUGUUUUUUGUGAAUAUUACAGAGUAUUUUGUGUGUGCAGUUGUUUAGCUGUAAAAGCAUUUGACUUAAGAUUGGCAGGUGACAUUAAAAUUUUAACAAAACCAGACGUAAAAGCAAACAUUAAAACAAGCGCUAUUGAUAAAAGUCGAAGUUCUGAUGAACAAAAAGGUCUGAUGAAAAUUUUGGUAAAUCUGAUGAAAAUAAACUUGAUGUUGAUUACGUGGACAGAGCCACUAAUCCGAGAUUCAGAAUAUGAAAAUAAAACACAAUAUGUACAAAUUGGAUUAAGAUCAGCACCAGAACCACCGGCGUGUUUAUCAAUAAAUGAAAUGAAAAAUUCUCGUGAGAAAACAAAAUAUCCAGAAAUAAAAAAAUAUUCUUUUAACGUAAACGAUAUUGAAUUAUUGGCUUAUCAUGGAAAUAUUUGUCAAAAUGUUCAUGUACCAUCAGCGGAUGAUAAAGAUCAAACUUUAUUAAAUACAUAUGUAAAUUAA